GGAGAUGGGUGGGUGCAGGGCGAGAGUCAACCCGACUCAUCCUCUUGCUCUUCCCGUACCCAUUCUUCUGAUUGAUAACACUUACUACAUCGAGGCAGUUAGUCCCAUUGCCCGCCUGCGAGUGCAUUGCAAAACAAUCGUAUAGGAAAAGAACUGUUCGAUAAAGAUGGAGUGGAUGUGUCCAGAGCCUGCGAAGCGAAAUGACGAGACAUGCUUGCAUUAUCGUUUCUCAGCCAAAGACAUGGCGGUGAAAAAAAAAAACAACCAAACAAACGUGGAAUACUUUGCCCGGUUGAUUGGUGUGUUGGCAGCUCGGAUAUCAUGCUUGAUAAUGCAUGUCACUAUCUGCAAAGACGUUGCUGAUCUGCAUAGCUCCGAGUCAAUAAUCGCACAUGCAAAAAGUGAAAGUCGACACAGAGUUGCAUCCAUCGACGUGCUGGAUGGAGAGAACAAAGAAAGACUGCGAGGCUCGAUUUGUUGGCUCUUUCCCUCGGAACCGGUAUGGGGGUCAAAGUUCGAUUGGUCUGGGCAUCUGAGCCAGGAUGAAGCCUCUCUUCCCUCUCUCCUCAACCGUCUUACCACCAUCCAAGAAGCCCCGAGGGGCGGCCAAUUGUCCAAGGGUUUGAAAAGGAGGGUCAGACUCGUCGUCCAUCUGCUUGCGCAAGAAGACGAUUAGCCCUCGGCCACAUCCUGUCAGCGCCCGCAUGGUUGGUCUGCAUUUUUACCAUCUGGAAUGCAAUGCCUCAGGCGUCGACCAGCCCGUCUGAGUUUGCUCAUUUUGCUGGCGUAAUGAGGGCCGGCCGGCAUGCAUUUGGUGUUUGUGUUUGUUUUGGGGAUUUCUUGCCUCCCCUGAGCAAUGGGUUCUCACCAACUUGACCUCCUUCCUUCACAGGCGUUGCUCUCACCGUGUACUCGGUCGACGCCGUCAUCCUGAGAUUAGCACCCAUAAAGAGAAAGGAAACCAAGGUACAGCACCGGCGCAAUUGAUACGUCUUAUUAUUCUUUUGUGCUAUGCAAAGCGCAGCAUCCUGAUAUCCAGGAUCCAGCUCCUGUCCCUCCUUUUGAUCAAACAAGCGCCAUGCUGGAAAUCCAUGUAUGUCCUCCACUAUGCUCCAGGAAACCUGUACUGCAACCUCUUGCGUUCUUUCUGAGCAAUUAAAUGCCAUCCGACCUCACCGAAAGAUCCUCCUCUUUUCGAAGUCAAUACAGUGGUAAUGGACAAAGGUCGAAGCCCGAAUCCGAGCAGGGAUGCUAUGAAUACAGACUGCUGCAAAGGUAUAUCCACAUGCAGGUGAAGUGGAUGCCAAGAUUGUACAAGAAAAUUGGACUUCGCUUCUGUAUUUCGUCUCCGAGAAACGCACUUUACAAGACCGCGAUCAGCCCAACUGCCAUGGCGAACAGACCGCCCUGGAAUUUCAAGCUGACAGCCCCGUUGCUGUUGGAAUCCGGAGCUGAUGUGGUCUCAGAUGGAAGAGCAGAGCUCGUCGACACGGUCGUCUCUUGAGAGCUGGUUGUGCUUGCCGAACUCUCGCUGCUGCUGCUGCUGCUGCUCGCGGAGCUUGUGGUGGAGGUAAUGAGGCUGUCGGUCGAGGUGAGUGUUGUUGAAGAGUCUGUGCCAGUGCUCGUGCCAGAUGAAGUAUCGGUAGUGCUGCCCGAGGUACUUGCAGAGUCGGUGGAGGUAGCAGUACCAGUGACAACUCCAGUGGCUGUUCCAGUGGCGCCUUGGAUACCGAAGUUGGGAGAGAAAUUGAUGUUGUUGGGGUUCGUGUCAUCGAUGAUCUCAAUGGUGUAGACGUGAGAGUUGACGUCCUGCGCAGGUGGGAUUUGAAGGGUUGCCGUUAGGGCGGAGGCAGGGACGCCAGCUACAGUCAGGACCACACCGGAGUCUGGGGUGAUAGGAUCUUGCUGCAGCUUGAUGGUCACGGUGCCGCUUGAGGGAUUGGUCCAUUCGAUGGUCAGGGGCUGGCCUGCCGUCACAUCCAAAGUGCCCUGACCACCAGGAAUGCUGAUGGCAUUGUUCUGCUGGGCGGAUGCGACCACUGCGCAAAGGGCAGCGACCAACGCGUGUGCGAAACGCAUCUUUUCCGGAAGGCAACUGAGGCAAGAUUAAAAGUGAGGCCGAGGGAUGAAGCGCGAUGCCUGUAAGGGAUGGCACAAGGAAGGGAGCUCGAAGGCACAGUGGAGAUGAGUCGCACAAGUCUUAACACAAGAGCGGUAGGGAGGAUAUAAGCAGGAGGAAGGACUUUUUCUGCUGUGGAGGGAAGUGUGGUGUCAGUCGACGACCAAAAUAAAAUCAAGGAGUGCGCAGGCAAAAACCGCAGAUGUUGAUUGACUGCUCGUUUGAGACAAUGACACGGGGGGUUUCUUCAACCGCGCCGUCGCGUUGGCUGGAGGGUUGCGAUGCC